AUGUCAUGCAAAGAAUUGUGUAUGCACUUCAAAGCCCAGUGUCGUGUUCUAGAGCACCUGUCGGCGUUGAUAUUGCAUGGCGUUGGUGUUCAAGGAUGGCCUCCUCCCACUCAGGAAGGAACGACUGUAGAGAUACGCUCGCAUACUCUAACUUCACCUUUACCUGUGCUGUCUGCUGCAACGAGGUCUGUUGCUCCUAACAUAGACGCGCUGCCAUGGAGUCCGCGGACACUCGCACUCGCUGCCUUCACCGCUUCUGGUUUUGCAGCUGGCUCCCCCGAUGACGCUCGUGCGACCCCAUCCUCAAGGACUCACCUCAAGGGACACCGGACCAUGAGCACUGAAAUUGAGGCAGAGACCGAUGUCAACCCCCCUAUCCAAAGAGCCGCAGACUUUACCAGAAAACCUGACAAGAAAGAGCCGAUUGAUAGUAACAUCGUCUGGGACACUAGGCACUGA